AGAGCUGCACACUCUCAGAUGUGAGGCAUGUUUGUGGAGAAGACGCAGCUCUGACACUCUCCACUUUUUCUCCUCUCAGUGUCUGCAGAUUGGUUCCUUAAACAUAGUGCGUUUUUGUUGUGGUUAUAAAUGUCGCCUCGAUGUGGAAACCAGCAGGAAUAUCAGCUCUGACGCUUCUUCUGCACUGCUGUAUCCAUACUGAAGCUGUUCCUCCAGAGUGUGACCCAAACUACAUCUUACUCCAGGAUGAAGUUUCCUGUUUUGAGCUGCUCAGAAACAACCGGAGCUCCUCCAGCUCAGGAACACAGGGCUGCAGGGGCUGGUGGGAUCAUCUGAACUGUUGGCCUCACGCUGCAGUCGGAGACAUCGUGUCUCAACCAUGUCCCAGGUUUUUACACACCACAGGUCGAGUGUUCAGAAACUGUACAGAUGGUGGAUGGUCGGAGUCUUUCCCUCCACAUGAUGAAGCCUGCGAGUACGGAUUCAACCACAGCUUACCUGCAGAGGUGUACCAGCCUGAGCGUUACUUCCUGUUUGUGAGGAUCAUGUACUCUGUGGGAUACGCCAUUUCACUCGCCUCACUCUCCAUCGCUGUGGCCAUCCUCUGUCUCUUCAGGAGGCUCCACUGCACACGUAACUUUGUCCACAUCCAGCUCUUCCUCUCCUUCAUGCUGCGAGCUUCUCUCAUCUUCAUCAGAGACUCAGUUCUGUUCUCAACUGAUGACCAUUUCCACUGUGGCGUCUACCCGGUUGGCUGUAAAAUAGCCACGGCUCUGUCUAACUACAGCAUCAUGGCGAACUACAGCUGGCUGCUGGCUGAGGGUCACUUCCUGUACAGCCUGCUCAGUGUGUCUUUGCUGUCCUCGAGGAGACGUCUGUGGUGUUACAUCGCCCUCUGCUGGGGUUCUCCGAUGAUCAUUCUGAUUGGAUGGAGUAGUGCGAGGUACCUCCAUGAAGAUGAGGGCUGUUGGGAGACGAGGAGGAUCAGGUGGAUCUGGUGGAUCCUCAGACUACCUGUUCUCUUCUUCAUCACUGUGAACCUGUCCUUCUUUCUGUGUAUAAUAAGAAUCCUGGUGUCUAAACUGAGGACUCAGGACAUGCCGGGCAGCGAGUUCAACCACUACAGGAAACUGUUCAAGUCGUCGUUCCUGCUCGUGUCUCUGUUCGGGUUACACUACGUCCUGUUUGCUUUCCUCCCUCACAAACUCAGCGACUCCUCGUACAAAGUGUGGACCUUCAUCGAGCUCGCCUUCGCCUCCUCUCAGGGCUUUGUUCUAGCUCUUCUGUACUGCUUCCUGAAUGCAGAGGUGCAGAACGAGCUCCAGAGGAGGUGGAGGAGGUGGAGGCAGAAGCAGACCCUGCAGGUGGAGACCAGGAGACCCCGUAGCUCCCUGAGUCACAGUGGAGGAGCUCUAACUAAUGUCUCUGUGCUCACUAAAACCUCAACCACACCAGAGUCCGACCAGGUGUAAGAGGAACCACACCACGUGCAGAAAUCUUCUGGCCGCAUCCAGCCCCAUUUUUUUCAGAUUUCCCCUGAAUGUCCACAGCACAAUCGAUUAAUUGAUUACCAUGGCAACAAAUGCCA